CAUAAGUUUUGCCUUGGAAGUAAAUAUAGUUUUCAACAAGCAGCCUUGAGAGCACAAAACAUUGUUGUUAGUUAAAAAUAUCACAAUAACUCAAUUAGGUGUACAUAAAAAGUCGUGUCUAAUUUUACGUAUGUUUUCAAUUCGCCCUUUAAAUUUCUAUAAGUUAAUUUGUAGCGAAUGUCCGAAUUACAGCUUUGUCCAGUUUCGUUCGGAACCACCUUUAGUAAUUGGAUUUCUGGGGGGUGUAGGGGGUGAGUAUAAAAGGCAGUGAGGGGUGGACAAGACGCAGGAGUGGCGUCCAGCCAGCCUGAGUGUUCGUUACCUUCAGCGAACACCACAACCCACUUCACACCACAGCAGAAUUCUAUUUUUCCAUAUAUCGAUUGUUUUUUAUUGACCACAACCAUGACAGAGAAAGGGGAUUUAGAAAGCGGUGACCCGGAUUCAGAACGUGUGAAACGACCAAUGGAGUUGCCAGUUCUACCAAAAUCUCUCACAUUGGAAGAGAAGAAGUAUCUGUUAGCAGUUGAACGUGGAGAUAUGGCUAAUGUUAGAAGAAUAUUGCAAAAAGCACACCGUCGUAAUAACGUGGAUAUGAACUGUGUAGACGCUUUAGGGAGAGGCGCAUUAACUCUCGCUAUAGAUGGAGAGAAUCUGGAGAUGGUGGAACUCUUGAUAGUGAUGGGUGUUCACACGAAGGAUGCACUGCUUCAAGCUAUCAAUGCUGAGUUUGUGGAGGCUGUUGAAUUAUUACUAGAACAUGAGGAACUUAUACAUAAAGUUGGAGAGCCUUAUAGUUGGCAGCAAGUAGAUCCGAAUACAGCGAUGUUCACACGCGACAUAACCCCGUUAAUACUGGCCGCCCACAAGAAUAAUUAUGAAAUCAUUAAACUGCUGCUGGACCGAGGCGCCACGCUGCCCGACCCUCAUGACAUCAGAUGCGGUUGCGACGACUGUAUCCGUGAUUCGACUGAGGAUUCUUUAAGACACUCGUUAGCCCGACUCAACGAGUACCGAGCGCUUGCUUCACCCUCGCUCAUCGCACUGUCUUCUACUGAUCCUAUACUUACCGCUUUUGAAUUGUCGUGGGAAUUAAGAAACUUGGCGUUUGCUGAACAGGAAAGUAAAGCAGAAUACCUUGAACUGCGUCGUCAAGCGCAGAAGUUCGCUGUAGACCUGCUGCAUCAGUCACGCAGCUCUCAGGAGCUGGCCAUCAUUCUCAACCACGAUCCAGAAGGGACACCCUUCAAUGAUGGAGAGCACAUGAAGUUAGCCAGACUGGAAUUGGCAAUUGAUUUUAAGCAAAAGAAGUUCGUAGCUCAUCCGAACAUCCAACAACUGCUGGCUUCUAUCUGGUACGAUGGUGUACCGGGUUUCCGUCGCAAGUCGGCGUUGGAGAAGAUCAUGAUUAUAUUCCGCGUCGCUUUCCUCUUCCCCUUCUACUGCUCGCUGUAUAUGAUCGCCCCCAACAGCGAGACUGGAAAGUUAAUGAGGAAACCUUUCAUGAAGUUCUUGAUACAUGCAUCAAGUUAUUUAUUUUUUCUUUUGAUACUCAUCCUGGUGUCGCAAAGAGCAGAAGUGCAAUUAUUACAAGUGUUUGGGUCAGAGCAACUGGUAAAGGAUCUGGAGAAAGAAAUGCUGAAGCAAAGAGGAAAUGCGCCAUCAUUUCUUGAGAUCCUUGUGUUUAUAUACGUUUUAGGAUUUAUCUGGGAAGAAACACAAGAGAUCUACGUGGAAGGUAUUCGUUCUUAUCUUAGGAAUAUGUGGAACUUCAUAGAUUUCACUCGAAACUCACUCUAUGUCGCCGUAGCGUUGCUACGAACAGUAGCAUACUUCCAGCAGACCGCAGAAAUAGAAAGAGACCCACAGACUAAGUUCAUACCGAGAGAACAUUGGGACGCUUACGAUCCACAAUUGAUAGCUGAAGGAUUGUUUGCCGCAGCGAAUAUUUUUAGUGCAUUGAAGCUGGUCCACUUGUUCUCCAUCAAUCCUCACCUGGGGCCGCUGCAGAUCUCCCUCGGGCGGAUGGUCAUAGACAUCGUUAAGUUCUUCUUUAUCUACAGUCUUGUGCUCUUUGCCUUUGCGUGUGGUCUGAAUCAACUAUUAUGGUAUUUCGCUGAGCUGGAGAAACGGAAAUGUUACGUGCUUCCCGGCGGUCUCCCGGACUGGGACAAUGCGGGGGACUCCUGUAUGAAGUGGAGGAGUUUCGGGAAUGUCUUCGAAGCAUCUCAGUCUCUGUUCUGGGCGUCUUUCGGUAUGGUUGGUUUGGAGAACUUUGAGCUAGCGGGUAUCAAGAGUUACACCAGGUUCUGGGGUCUGUUAAUGUUCGGAUCGUACUCCGUCAUCAAUGUCAUCGUGUUGUUGAAUCUCCUUAUUGCUAUGAUGUCCAACUCUUAUGCAAUGAUUGAUGAACAUUCUGACGUUGAAUGGAAGUUUGCACGCACACGUUUAUGGAUGAGUUACUUUGAAGAGGGUGCGACUCUUCCACCUCCAUUUAAUAUUUUCCCCACUCCAAAACUGUUCUGCAAACUAUUCGGGCUUAGGAAGAAGGACAAGAUGAGGAGUUUGAAGAUGAAAGAACAGAAGGAGAAAGAACUAGAUGUGCGGUAUACAGCGGUAAUGCGAGCUGUGGUCUGGCGCUAUAUAUCUGCAAUGCAUAGAAGAAUGGACGAUGAUCCCGUCACAGAAGAUGAUAUCAAUGAGUUAAAGGGAGACGUCUCAUCAUUGAGAUAUGAACUGCUGGAGGUCUUUGAGAAGAAUGGAAUGGAUGUUUCAUUUACUGAUAGGAAAGAAAAGACGGUUUUAGCAAAACGUAUGAAGAUCUGGGAACGUCGGUUAAUGAAGGACUUCCAAGUAGCACCAGUGGCUCCUGUGGAUGAUGAAGAGAGGCCGGAGCAUGAGACCGCAUUGUCCAGGUUCAGGAGAAUAGCUAAGAUGGCGGUCGCUUCGACCAGUACCGCUAUGUGGGACAGAACUUUAGCUGGUGCUGGGAUUUCAACUCAAAUCGGUCGCUGUCGAACCAGAGAGUCGUUCAAGAAUCAACAAAAUCUUCAGAAAGCGAUGGAUGAAGCGAGGAAACUUGUUAUGCGAUCUCCUUUACCAGAAGGUUCUCGUGUACCAUCUCCUAUAGAGAUGCCUCUUCCACCCGGACAUACCUUACUGGAGCUGAUCAAGGAUAUAUCAACUGAGAUAGGACAACCAGAAUCUAAGUCUCCAUGGAAAGGUCAUGGUGAUGGUACGGCCGCAGAAUUUCUAAGCCCCAGCAUAGCACCGAGUCGGGCUGUAUCUCCUAUAAUGCAAGUUUUAAUUCCUCCUACUAAAGUGUCACGAGCCACAUCACCUAAUCCUGUAGCUUUGAGUCCGUUGCCAAGAGCUGGGUCUCCUGCUCCUCCUCGGUGCGAUUUGGAGAUUGUAAAACCUUUGCAAGAAUCGGAUUUAAGAAACGAGAUGUCUCUAACUUCCGAAGAUACUUUGAAAGUCGCAAAGAAAAAAGCGCCCGACGCACCGAAAUCACCUAAUCAUCAGACCGAUUUGGAAGUCAAAGAGAUGCCUUCUCUGGCGAUCGCAAGACCGGUGGCGCUCGAGAUAAAACCGGCAGAGGGCGCUCUGCCACCGCCGCCCAACAAACCUAAGACUCCAAUACCACCGUCAUUGGAAAUAGCACCAAGUUCCCCGUCAAUCAGACCAGUGGUGCCCCCAACGCCCAAGAAGAAAGCGACGGACAAACCUGCACCUCCUCGUCCAAUGUCACCGCGACCUUCACCAGAUCAUGACGUCAUUAAAACUUGCCCUGCCUCCCCUCCCUCGCCAAAGCGCCACUCUUCAACAUCCAGCACGGAGCAACUGUUACCAUCUCCAGGGUACAAGACAUUGCGACCCAUCAAUAAAAUUGACGAAGUCAAAACUAUCAAGCGUCAAACUAAAACAGGAUGGCUAUGAAUAUUACAAAUUAAAUUUAAUUUAUCGUCACACUAUGCAUAGUUCGAAAUAUUUAUAAAAAAAAUAUCGUUUUUGUAUGAAAUUUCUUAGUUACGCAUUUAAUAAGAAUUGUGUGUCGAUACGGCACUUUCUCUAAAAAUUUUCGUGCUAGGUUCUCUUAACAGGUAACGUUUUUGUACUCUUCUAGUAGUUCGUUAUUUUGACAUUUUUUUGUUAAUGGCAAAGCUUUUUUUGUAUUUGCUUUAUUUGUUAUAGAAUGAUUUUUUUUAGUUACUAGGAUAUCAGAAAUGAGAAGAUAAUAAGCGUGUAGUUUCAGAGCGUUAAAUUCAUAUCUAAUUUGAAUGUCUGAUAGACCGCGAAUAUCUUUCGAUAUAUGACAUCCUAGUACCUAAGCGAAAAUAUUUACCGAUUAAGGGUUUAGCACGAAAAUUUCUGAGAAAGUGUAUGUAACAUCAUUGACAAAGUAUCUUUGCGCAGCAUAGAGUACACUGAUAAAUACAAAUGUCGAUGUUAUGAUACUUUCUCGCAAAUUUUCGUGCUGUGCCUCUAAAUUGUAGUCAUCUUAUGUUCUUUAGUAAAGAACAGUUUGGUUUUGUUUUAUGGUGUAUGUUCUUUAUGUAUGGAAAACAUAGGUUUAUUUGCAACUUAUA